AGCCAAUCAGAACGGCGGAAUUGGAUCAAUGCUUCCUAGUGUACAGCAAUGCAGUCAUGUAAUGGCCACAGAAAUAAUGCCAACAUGGAACUGUGGCAAGGACGGGAUCCCUUUCUGCAAAAAUAAGACGGCGAAAAACUUCCAGGACGGUCAUUUCGAAAGGUUUUAAUAUAGUUAAUGAUUAUCUACGUGUUGGCUCUAGUAAUGAUUGGUAGGACUGGGGGUGGUCAGGAUACAGCGAACGAGGCAAACAAGAAUUAUGAGGGAGAAGUGUAGUGAGAAGCGUGGUUCUCCUGUGUAUCUGGACUUUAUCUGGACUGUAUCAAUGGUGUCGUUAAGCAACAGAGCACUGGUCUCUGAUAAUGACCUCUUUAGGGAAGGUGUUAGCCUGGUCUCCCUGGGGCUUGUAGAGGGAGAGGGCAGUGAGGGGGGGAGCGAGGGGGGGAGCUUUACUUCCUGUUACAGUCCCGAGGCCGGGGACAUGGGGGCUCGACUCAGCUUCAGCCCUGGAGAGGAGGAUGACGAAGAGGAAGGGGGCCUGCUCCAAUUCCAUCUGACCCCCACAGAGGGUCUGCCUGACUUCAGCCCCCGCCUGCCCUCACCCUUCUCUCCCACCAUGGAGGACAUCGAGGAGUUCCUCAGGGAGAAGAUGGAGCUGGUGAGAGAGGGGGUUCUCUUCUCUAGUGAACCCAUAGAGGAGCCAGCUCCCUCCCCUUCUAGCUCCAUGGAACAACCCCUCUCCUCAGGGGGACACAGUGAGCCAGGGACCAGCAAUGCUCUGUCACCCCCCACCCCACAAACCCAUAAUUGCCUUCACACCCGAAGCCCAUCCCCCCUCACCCCCCCAGUGUUCCUGGGAGCACCCCUUUUCCAGGUCCAGUCCUUGCCUCUGGCCCAGCCUCACCCCCAGACAGGCUCUCCUCCUGGUGCAUCCAGUGGGCUGAGAUUGGCCCACCUGGUUCUGGGACUCCACGGAGGACAGAAUGUUACCCUGUUGGCCUCACAGGUGCCAUCCACCCUUCUCAACAUAGCCAGCACGGACGCUCCAGACCAGAAGUACGUGAAAAUUGCCCCUCUACCGAUCACUGUGAGGAUUGCCGGGGGGCUUGUUGGGGCAACAGUCAUUGGGGGUCACAGUGGAGGGGUUGUGGUCAAAUCUGUGGCCCCCCCUAGGGUCAACAGACCCCCUCCUAAAGAGACACUGAGGGUACACAAAUGUUCUCACCCGGGCUGUGAGAAGAUGUACACCAAGAGCAGCCAUCUGAAGGCCCACUUCCGCAGACACACCGGAGAAAAGCCAUACACCUGCAGCUGGCCUGACUGUGUCUGGAGGUUCUCUCGUUCUGAUGAGCUGUCUCGUCACCGGCGCUCCCACUCCGGGGUCAAGCCCUACGAGUGCUCUCUGUGUGAGAAGAAGUUUGCCCGCAGUGAUCACCUCUCCAAACACACCAAGGUGCACCGCAGCCCCCGGCCUGGCAGAAUCGUCAGAACUACCGUCUGACCCAGCCAGCAUCUCGACACAGCAAACCCAGCUCAGCCCAGUCGUGAUCCUGAUGCCACCCUUAACCCCGUUGCAGCACUUGACCUGGACGGAAUAAUUAUUAGUACCUGCCUCUAGAAUUCAGAGCAGCCUGGUCCCACACCUACACCCUGGCUGUGCCUGCCCAACACUGGCUAGUCCAACCUCAACCCGACCACAGGCGAACAGACUUAUCAGACUCAUCCACCCAGACCUUCCCCGGGAAGGCCCCGUUAGGGAGUCUGAGUCCUCAUCAGGACACUGGUGCUACAGGAGCAGACCUGGGCCAGAACUUAGAGUAGGGUUCUGAAUCUGAUUCAGACCCUGCUGAGCUCUGCCCUCUUUACCCUCUCCUCUCCUCCCUCCUGCAGCAGAGCAGAUGAGGGCUUGUCCUUGUGCUAGACAGUGAACUAACAGGUAACGGCCAUCUCAAGGAUGUGAUUGUUCAGCUUAAAGCGGAUUUCAGGCCUUUAGGUUAAAUCAAAUCCCCCUGCCACACACACACCUCGCUACCCUUAGCAGAUGACAAGUGUGACAGGCAGCUGCACAAGGUCUAACUCUCAGAAGAUAAUGUUGUAUAUGUCAUUAGAUUGUGUUUAAAAGACUACACUGUCACACAUUCUAUUCUACAUAUUAUAUUGCUCUGUGAAUCUGCUUCAGGAGUUAGACCCUCAAGACAGUUUGAGGUAAAUGCACUGGCCCAGCUCAUUCUAGCCCAUAAUCUGUGCUAUUAGCCCAGUUGAAAUUCGAAAGUACUGUGUUGAUAUGUGAGCUGCCAGAUUCUCUCAGAGAACAGGUUUGAGUCUAAAUCUCUUACAUAUCCCCUCCUGCUCCCCAUAGUGCCAACCCUCUGGCCCAAUCACAUCCCCCCCUGACUCUAACGGCCAAUUCAGUACUGUUAUCACCGCUUCCCUGACCUCGUGCCUCUUCCCACUCCCUAAAAGACCUCAGGGCUGCAGACUAGUGUCUGCUGGUUUUCACCAUGGUGCUUUAGUGGUCCAUUAUGUAAUAACUUGUUAGUUAAGAGUUCACUCACAGCCACCUGGUUUGCGUCAGAUGCUGAUUGAAGGCAAGUAACUGAGUGAAAACCAGCAGACACCGCAGCCCAACUGGUCCACACUCUUAAACCUAUAAGCUCUUUUACUUUCUUUAUAUGUCUUUGAAAUCAAUGUUAAACUGACAAAAGAGACUCGGCGAAAGCUACUUAUGUGUAUACUGUAUGUUUUAUACAUGGGCUUUUCAAUGCAAAGCAAUCCGAUAUGAAGAAGUGCUUAGUCAUUUACUGUAGUAAAGGUUAGUAGGUUAGGCCAGCAAGCAAAGCUAGUCAUUUAUAGUGUACAGUACUGUACCUGAAAAGGGCAGCUGAUCGUUGUCCAAUCUGUGUCUGUAAAAUAUAACAUUUACAUGUACAGAACAUAUAGAAGCUCCUUUCCAGAAAACCCCAGUCAGUACAUUAAGCUAUCCAGUGGUGUCUGUGCUUGGUGAAACUGUGGAAUGUUAUUGAGGGGUCAUCAGAUCAGCCAGACGGGAGUUAAUUAUGAGACUCACUCUUCCAUUAAUGAGUUAACCCAUCACACCUCAUCAAUAUGAGCCCUCUGUUCUCAAGUGCACUUAUGUUAGCAGGUCCAGCAGGAGAGGGUUAAGCAUGGAGAAAAGUUAUAGGUAGCCCAACGGCUAAGGAAUUGGACCUGUUGCUGAAAGGUGUCUGGUUCAAAUCCUGUGGCGGGAACUGGAAAAAUAGGUGUGAAUUGAUCUGGUAACUGAAGGGCUGCUGGAUUCACAUCCUAAAGAUGUUUUUCUACUGUUGGGCCCUUAACCCCACAGCAUGCUUUCCAUCCGGGGGCCCUGCACUGCAGCUUGACCCUGUGCUUGUCUCAACUGUGUGUGAUGUGUGCUGUAAGACAUGGACAAUAAAGUUGUUUUCUAAAUGCUAUGCCAAGGACUGGAGGGCUCUGCUACCAGUAUGUAAGCUGUAGCUCUGGAUUUGAGUGUAAAAUGUGCUUUUUCAACAGGCUACUGCACUUAGGAAACCAUAUAGAGAAAACAAUGGACUUUUCAGGGUAGCAGUUUUGGCCCAUAUUCCUUCAGAGAAACCAGAGUGGGUACAUGCGCUUUAAACCCACUUAUAUUGUACUCAAAUUUCCAGUCCAUCACUCACAUUUGCCAUCGAUGCCAGUGAUUCAGAAUUUAUGAUGAGCCAACCUUUUUUUUAAAACACAUUUACCCAUUUGGAUGGGUAAACUCAGAAUGGACCACCACAUCAUCAGUAUCACUGGCAAUCAUCAUCAUUAAAUGGAUAGCUUGCCAUUACAGAAACAGUUUGUUGUUUUUUAAUAUUGUUUGUGUAUUUCUUUCUUUGGACAUGACUUGUUUGAUUAGAUCACGACCACAUCAACCCUAGACAUAAGUCUGACCCAGCUGUGUGUCCAUGGCUGAUCGGGUCCCUCUGAUUCAGUCCUAUUGUAAAUUUUCCCCUUUCUGCCUUACUUUCAACCAUAGGUCGCUCUCUCCCAGUAACUCUAACUACUGUAAUAAUUCAGUUCUGCUGAAAUACACGUUAAAAAAAGAAUUGAAUACCAGAAAUGCUAUUUUCCUCUGUAUGAGAAUAAAGGAUAAGAAAAUGUAAACAUGAUCCUCGCCAUUAUUUGAGUCAUGGCUUUUUGUUGUUGUUGUGUAUUUCAAGAAACAAAAUGAUCCAUGCUUUCAUUGGGAAGUCAUUAAGUCCAUCUAUUCUUUCAUUGGAGUGACAUUCAAACAUUGUAAAACUAUUGCUUUGUCUCUGCCCCAAAUAAAGGUGUUGAUUGUG